AUUCGUCUCGGCCAAAAAAUGGAAUUAACACGUGAAUAUUUUCGCGCGACUAUUUUUCACAACUUUCGACGUCGAUUAUCACGACAAGAGUGCAUUGAUGAACUUAAAUCUUUGUAUGGUGAUGAAGCACCACCCUAUAGCACUGUGAAAAACUGGUUUAAUGAAUUCAAUCGUGGCCGACGCUCGCUCAACGACGAAUUCUGUGAAGUUCGUCCAGAAACGGACGUUGUGCCAGAGAACAUUGAUGCCGUGCGUGAACUGAUAAUGCAAAAUCGUCAUGUGACAUACCGUGAGAUACAGGCAUCCUUGGGUAUUUUUCCCACCAGCAUACAUUCGAUAUUGCAUGAACACCUGACUGUAAAAAAGGAUUGUUCUCGUUGGAUCCCGCACAAUUUGACAAUCGCUCAAAAAAGGCUCGUGACGAUUGGUGCAAAGAAAUAUUGA